CUGUGUAUGUGCUCGAUUAAUAUCUAUUUCCUAUGUAUGGAUCUCGCGGUUAUUCCAUUGGGUUGGGACUUGGGGGAGAAGAUAUCUUACGGAAACUGGUUCAAUUCAUUGGUACUUUUUUCUAAGACAAGCAUGCCGAGUCCUUUUCGAGUUUCUCUAUGAGUUUAUGGUUGCUCUUCUCCACUCAACCUGAAGCUUGGAGUGAUACUGGGCAAACCAACUUGCAAAUUCUGAACUUGAAGUGCAUUGCUUGAGCAGAAUUUUAAGAAAUGGCAAUGACUGUGGAAGUCUUGCAGGGCUUGCUUUCAUGUUUUCAUCUAGCAUUCUUCUCCAAAUUGUGGCAUGUGUCAUAUACAGCAAUUGGUGGCCAAUGCUAUCAGCUCUAAUGUAUGUUCUGGUACCGAUGCCUUGCCUAUUCUUUGGUGGUGGCUCCACACAGUUCCUACUCAGUCGAGAUGGUGGUGGCUGGAUGGAUGCUGCCAAGUUCUUGACUGGGGCAUCUGCUGUUGGAAGUGUCGCCAUUCCGAUCAUUCUAAGGCAUGCCGGAUUGAUUGGGACUGGAGCAAUGUUCAUUGAGUUCACCUCUUUCUUCAUAUUCGUCUGCACAGUUCUAUGCUUUCAUCGCGCUAGUCUUGAUGACGAGUGGUAAAAUUUUGUGUAGUUUGCCGAUAAUUCUAAUUAUAAAGCUUUUGCUGCAAAUAUUGAUGAGAGCUAGCGAACAAACCAACCAAUGACAUUGAUGGAGAAAUGUCUGUCUAAACUUGUACAGAUAAAGUUAUUGUUGGCUGAGCUUUGUAUCUUGUGAAUGUAUGACCAUAAAAUUUAAUCCAAGGUAUAAAAUCCCCUUUCAGAUGUUGAA